CCGUACUUGGAUAUUUUUAAGCCCUAAAAAAGUUAAAACCCCCUUUCAAGAACAGAGAAUAACUAACCUCUGUUUCCUUCAGAAAAACUCUCAACCGAAACAACAAUAUGGCCACCGUGGCAUUCUCCGGUGGCCUCGUUACCAAGCUCAAUCCUCAUCAUCCACUCUCUUCGAAUUCAAGACUCCACAGCUUAAUUAGGUGUAAUGUGGCAGAGCCAUUGAAGUUCAAGGAUAAUGGUAGACCAGUAAUGCCUGUCAUCAAUGGUGAGCAGACGGCGACUUUUCCAAGCUUUUUGACUGCCACUCACUCGCUAAGAAUCCCUAAUCAGAAAAAUGAUAUCAGGCUUAAGAUCUUCUCGGGAACUGCCAAUCCUUUGCUGUCUCAGGAAAUUGCAUGCUACAUGGGUUUGGAGCUGGGAAAGAUCAAGAUAAAACGUUUUGCUGAUGGUGAAAUUUAUGUUCAAUUACAAGAGAGUGUCCGAGGAUGUGAUGUUUAUCUUGUGCAACCAACUUGCCCCCCUGCAAAUGAAAAUCUAAUGGAGCUUUUGAUUAUGGUCGAUGCUUGUCGAAGGGCUUCUGCGAAAACCAUUACUGCUGUGAUCCCUUACUUUGGAUAUGCGAGGGCUGACCGUAAGACACAAGGCCGUGAAUCCAUUGCAGCGAAACUUGUAGCAAAUCUGAUAACUGAAGCAGGUGCAGACCGUGUUCUAGCUUGUGAUCUUCAUUCUGGGCAGUCAAUGGGCUACUUUGACAUACCUGUGGAUCAUGUUCAUGGGCAGCCUGUCAUACUUGAUUACCUUGCCAGCAAAACAAUCUGUGCUGAUGAUUUGGUUGUGGUAUCACCUGAUGUUGGGGGCGUUGCUAGGGCAAGAGGUUUUGCCAAAAAGUUAUCUGAUGCACCUCUUGCUAUAGUUGAUAAAAGGCGUCAAGGACACAACAUAGCUGAGGUGAUGAAUUUGAUUGGAGAUGUUAAAGGGAAAGUGGCAGUUAUGGUGGAUGACAUGAUUGACACAGCUGGAACCAUCACAAAAGGUGCUGCCCUUCUACAUCAGGAGGGAGCUAGGGAAGUUUACGCAUGCUGCACCCAUGCUGUAUUCAGGUAUACCCAUUACAGUGGAUUAUGCACCAUCGCUUGCGUUGUUGGGAACAUGGUCUAAAUCACUUUCAUAUUCUAUGAUUUUAGACUUCAUUGUGGUAUUUUAUAUGUUGAACUGGCUGUAAGUUCUCAUAUCUCCAGUCAGUUCACAAGUUGGGUGUGAUUGUAAGCCGUUCUGCCUCAAAGUUGUGUUGCCAUAUUGAAACCUAAGCAAAUAUAAUUAGACUCAAACUCUCUUCUAUUCUAAUAAUCCGAUAUUUUGAUCUUCUUACGCUUCUUGGAAAAUAAUGUUUUAUUCUUUGUCUUUGAGUAGUCGUUUCUAUGAUCUACUCAUGUAUAACGGGCUGCAAAAGUUUCCAAGUAUAAUUUAUGUGAGAUAGCUAUGUGUAUUUCUUGUUCGAAGCCUCGAGUUUUUUUUGGCAGUUUGGUAAAUAGUUUUAUGAAUUUACCUUUGGCAGUCCCCCUGCAAUAGAGAGAUUAUCAAGUGGACUAUUCCAAGAGGUAAUUGUGACAAAUACCAUUCCGUUGUCAGAGCAGCACUAUUUUCCACAGCUUACUGUCCUAUCUGUCGCAAAUCUCUUGGGGGAGACAAUAUGGCGUGUGCAUGAUGAUUGUUCUGUAAGUAAUAGCUUCACAAUUGUUGAAACUUCCGUUUUUUAUUUUCUUCACUUUUUUUUUUUUUCUCUUUGAUAUUUGAACACCAUUUUUACUGCACAUAACAAACUCCUUUUCGUUUAUUUUCUAAUGUAUUUUCAAUCUUAUUAUCCUUGAGAUGAAUUUACACUCCCCUUUGCAAGACUGAAGCAUCAGAAAAGAAAUUCUCUGUUACUCAUAAUGUAACCUAAAAGUUUUUAUCUAUUAACAUUAGGAAGUAGAAUCCAUUUGCAUCAGAAAUUAUGAUAUCCUUUUCUGGAUUUUAGUCUUGUUUGAUACCAUUCAAAGGAUUCACCAAGGAAUUUUAUUUUCUUUGUAUUUCUGAAUCUUUGAUUGUCAGGGUGGCUUCGAACCGUAUUCGAGUUUGGGAAUAGAUUGAGCAUUUUCAAAGGGAACUACAAGCUUAUAGUUCUGCUUGUGACUCUGGAGCAAUAUUUGUUGAUAGUCAAUCCGUCAAUUUGUUUUCCGCUUCAUUUUCCUCUCAGUUUUGGCAAGUUAGGCUUGUUUCCUCUUUUUUUUUUUUUUGUGGGUGGUUCGCUCUACCACCAAUGUAUGAGUGUAUUGCAAAAAAUAUGUUAAAAUGUAAAUCUUGUAAAAUACUCUCCGUAAUGAAUAAAUAAUAGGGAGCAUUGGUUAUUACCACUGGUUACGUUUGAUAUCCUUGCUAUAGCGUUAGGUCGCUCCAUCUUUCUUUUAGGAUUAUGAAUUCCAUUGUUUUUUCUUUGAUGAGAUCCCAGGAUUUUGAGAGCAUUUUGGUCAAUUUCUCUAGCAGCAAAUCGUAUGAUAUGGAUUUUGCUACUCUUCAACUUUUAAUUAACAGAAGAAAUCUGAUCCCUGAAGGAAGGCAA